AUUGAAAUAUAAGUCUAAACCAUUUUGGGUGUGAGUAAUAUUGAGUAAUGAUUAAUCUCAAAUUUUUUUCAUUUAAUCAUUAAUUGAAUUAAAUUCAUUAUAUUAAACAAUAAAUCUAUAUAUUCCAUCCAUUCUGAAUAUAAAGGCAUUAAAAUUACAAAAACUUUUCUUUGUCAAAAUUCCAAUUGAAAAUGUCAAAUCAACAAUUUUAUCCACAAGGACCGCCACCACCUGGUUAUGGUUCUUAUCAACAGCCACCUCCACCCCCUCCUGGAUUUACACCUGGUGGACCACCUUAUGGUCAACAAAUGGGACCACCACCGCCACCGGGUCAACCAGUAUUUCAACAGCAACCACAAUAUUAUCAACCACAACCACAGGUUGUUGUUGUACAUGAUAAUCAAAAUAAUAGAGGUGGUGGUGGUGGAGUUUCCACAUCCGAAUGUUGUCUAUUUGCAUUAUGUGCAUUCUGUUGUGCUGCUUGUUGUUGUAAUGAUUGAAAAAAACAGAGCGUGGAAGACCGGUGUGUUUGUGAACCGAAAGAAAAUAAAAAUUUUAUAUUUGUUAAAUCAAUAGUGAUUAAAAAUACAGUAAACCCUGUAAUGAAUUAUUAAUCAAAUUAAAUUAUCGAAUUCGAAUUAAUCAA